AUGUUUCCUACUGGUAAUCCACCUUUUACGGCACCAAAUGCUCAACAGAAUGCUAAUAAUAGUAUGAAUCUGGCAGCAGCACUUUAUUUACAUCCAUCGCUGGGCAUAACAAAUCAAGCGUAUACUCAAUUUUAUCAACAAGCUCAGAGCCAAGCACAGUUAACCCAGCAACAGCAACAGCAGCACUUACAACGUCAAUUUGAACAACUGGUUGUUGCUCAAGCGGCACAGAAUGCUCAUUUGCAAGCAAUUCAGCAGCAGCAACAGCAACAACAGCAGCAUGCAUUUCAAACUCAACAAGCUCAAGCGCAAAAUCAAAAAAUGCAAGUGGCACAACAGCAAGCACAACUACAACAAAGUCAAGCGCAAGCUGUUCAAAUACAACGCUUGAAUGCAUUAAGGCAGAGUAAUCAACAAAUGUCUCAUUCCCCUUCGAUGCGAGGAUCUACACCUGGUGCUAUAAAGUCUCGUCAGGAGAUUCAGGCUGAAGUGGAUGCUCGACGCCGACGUUCAUUAAUUGCAGAUUUUAUGGUUGCGACCAACUCGGCUACAUUUUUAGAUGAAAGGAGACGUUCGGAUUCUAUCGGUGGUGGUAUAUUAGGUGAAAUGAAGAAAUCAGAAACGAUGGGCAGUGAAUUCAGCAUGAUUGCUGACGAAACAACAGAACGUAAGAAGAAUUCAAUCACCGAUCACUUAGAAGCAGUUGAGAAAGAAAAAAAGCUUGUCGAUAGCCAGAUCACUAUUAUACAACGAAAAAAGGAGCAAUACGAGAAUGAAUUGUCUAAGAUAUCGAGUGAUAGCACCGAUAAUGAUAAAGAAAAUGAUGACAGUACUGAAGACAUAGAUUCGAUGAGUCUGGUUGAGAGAAUUUAUGCUGAAAACCGAAAGAAGGCAUUUCGUUCUGAAGCUCAGAUGCCAGCUCAUCUGUUACCUUCAGCCGCAACAGUUCCACAAUAUCGAAAUCCAUGGGACAGUCCCUUGGUGCAAGAAACGAUUGAGCGAUACAAAAUGGUAAAACCUUAUUUAGUGAAAAUGCUGACGGAGCAUCGUCAAAACGAUUUAUUAGCUCAAAAAUAUCAAACUGAAAAAUACAAUAUGAUGUAUGCAGAAUGGUUGAAGAAAGACGAGAGGUACUGCAAAAGUCAGAAGAAAAUUGCUCGAGACGAAAAACAUCGUGAAAUAUUUGAGAAAACAUUUCCGGAAUUGAAAAAAACACGAGAAGAACGAGAGCGGUGUGGUCGAAUCGGCCUUCUGUCCACAGAACAGUUAGAACAGGAGGACGAAUAUAAAAGACGGCGUGCAGCUGCGGCACUACCACCGAUAAUGAUGAAUUCAAGAAUGCGUAGUGCACCGUUUUAUAUAGAUUUAAAUGGAGUUGUCUUAGAUGCAUUGGAGGAUCAUAAUGCUCAUAUUGAAUAUUUUUUGGGAAAGUGGACAGAUGACGAAAAAAAAACUUUCAGGGAGCAAAUUGUUACAUACGGCAAAAAUUUUGCGGCGAUAGCGGAAUUUCUAGAUCGAAAAAGCGUAAAAGAUUGCGUUCUAUACUAUUACUUGACUAAAAAGCGUCAAAACUAUAAAGCAUUGAUGGGAAAGAAACGGAAGAAGCCUCCAAGAUGUUACAAACCACCGGUAAUGCCACGACUUGAAGAAGUAGCACUAAAAGCACCACAGGCUGCGAAUGAUGUCACCAUUGUUGGUUCACGAGAACUUGAGUGUUGUAUUUGCAAAGCAAAAGUGAAUAGUGGUUCAAAUACUGGUCGAAUACUUACUCGUUUAACAUUGGAUGCGUCGGGCUAUGAUGCCAGUUCAGCGAAUGAAAUUGAUAUUUGUGUAUGCCAGAAGUGUAAAGCAAAAGGGAUUAAGCCAAAAACUGUAACACGUUGCCAAAUUGGUACAUGCCAUAAUCCGCGUCGAAAAGUGAAACCAACACGACCAAUGCCAGUGAAAUGGAAGCUGAUAACGGAUGAGCAGAAACAGUUUUUAAUGCAUCAAAUGUUGAUACCGGAAGAUAUUUUAAAAUGUUGCCCUGCAUGCCAUAAGAAAAUCUCCAAGCAGUUGGAUAUGCUUAUCGCUGGUGAACUGGAGGAAGAAAUGGCUUUAUGGAAGAAAUCUUCUGUUGCUAUUUGGAGUAGUGAAGAGGUGGAAACAUUACGUGCCGCAGUUACUUCAGUAGGUGAAAAAGAUUGGAGUACUGUGGCUGAAAAAAUGAGCAAUAAGUAUAGUGCCAAGCAAUGUCGAGAGCAGUAUGAAAAGAUUCAUGCCAUGGGAAGUGUCAAAAAGGAAGCAGAAAGCGAAGACGAUGUUAGUGAAGAUGACAAAGAGAAUCCACAAUUACAACAAGCUACUGUUGCGGUCAAGAAUGAUAUUGCUGAAACUGAAGCGGAUCCGAGGUUCGCGCUUUCCGUUCCUGGCGAAAGCAGUGCAAGCGCUGAUGAAGCAGCCAACCAAGAUGAUUGCGUAAUUUUAUUACCACCACUCGCAAAAUCACCGUCAACACAAUUAUAUAAGCCAAGGUUUCGCGGUACUUCCGGACUGGGUUCAGAAGUUUUGUCUGUCGGUAAUUCCCAUUUGCAUUUGUCACAAGUCGGUAAGGAGUCGGAAGUCAUGUCAUCUCCACUGACUUGUCGUAAAUCUGACGCAAGCGUCUCCUCGUCGUCGGAUCUUUCGAACGCAGAUGAUGUUACAAAAACGACCUCCCUACCUCCGCAGUCAUCCUUUGUUGGAAGUGCACUUCUUGCAACACUUACUUCUUCGACUCCUGACUCGAUGCCUACUCGAUCUGCUCAGUUGGAUAUCGAUAGAUUACCACAAUAUUCAGUUUCAAUAACCCGAUCGUCAACUUCAGCAGUUACCCAGUCUGCUUCAUCUGCACUUGGAAAUAUCGUCAAAGGUUCGAUCACUCAAGGGACGCCUGUGAUGAGACCACCAUCAUCACCUACUCCCAGUAACGAUUUGUUAUUGGAGAAAAUGAAACAAAUGCAAAUGCUUUCUGCUGGAACAGUCGCAACUGGUGCCUCUUUAGCAGCAGCGGUAGCAGCAGCCAAUAAUAUUGCUACAAGCUCCACUCCACCAAUUCCAACACCCGCACUGCAACCUAAUGCAAAUGCAGCUGUUGCACUUCCUUUUUUGCAGAAUUCCUUGGCAGCGGCUGCUGCUGCUGCAUUUCCUACUGCUGGUGCUGAUCCAAAUAUGUCAUCCUUGGCUGCUUUCUAUAAUCAGUUUGCUGCAAUGGAUCCUGCCAUGCAAUAUGCCAUGACAAUGAAAAUAAUGCAACAGGCUGCACAACAGCAUGAAUACGAACGUCGGUUGGCUGCGCUACGAGCAAGCAGUGUGGUUGACCAAUAUCGACAGCAGGCUUUAGCUUUGGGUCUUUCUGAACAGCAACAACAGCAGCAGGUACAGAAUAGCCAUCAGCAGCAACAAAUGAAUGCAUUAGCAAAUGAUCAAGCAAAACUUUUGUUAUGGCAGCAACUAAUGCAGCAAUCGACCAUAAAGCCGUUGCAGCAACAAACAGUAUCACAAGCAGUUAACUUACAACGUACUGCAGCAGCAAAUACAUUGUUAGCUGCAGCUGCAGCAUCUACAAGUGUACAUCCAUCGGUUGCAGCUCAUUUAAGCGCUCAACCAAAUGUUGAACAGCAACAACAGCAAGCAAAGCAGCUUAUUGCAUCAGCAACACCAUCGACAGCAAUAUCUACUAUGACGGGUAGAGUAGCAACAGGUAAUACAGAGCCGCAGCGUACAAACGUGCAAUCACUUUCGUCGACAGCUUCUCAACUCUACAACGAUUUUCGCAACGCUGAACAAAUGCGUAAGGAGCUGGAUGAAAAUAUGCGACAGUUGGAGGCACAACAAAAACUUCAAGAAGAAAUACGUUAUAUAGAACAACAACGAAGACGUGUCGUAGAAGAAGAGGCGCGUAUUGGUGAUGAAUUAAGUCGAGUGUCACAAAUUGAAUAUCCACGUGCUCUGCGAUCGCAAGAUGUCGAAGCUGUUCGUGUUCAUUUGCAAACUAUAGAACGUCUUAAAGAACGACGUACAGCAAUGCAGCAUUAUCUGCGUGCUUAUGACGAAGGAUUAAAGGCACUCAGUGGAAGAAAUGCAUUAACCUCUACUCCGUCAUCUGGGGUAAUAGUGAGGGGUAUGUGUGAUGAGCGUACAACUGUUGGUUUGGGUCCUGUUAGCAAAGGUGCAAUGAAAGAGUUUCCUCCAUCAGUAACUAGGAUUGGAGUUACUCCAUCUUCAUCACAGGCUGUAUCUGGUCAGAGUCUGAUCGGUAUAAAACGAACUUUGAAUGAUUCUGCGCUUGCAACAGCAGUUGAAGGACGACUUCCUAGACAGAGCACGUCAAACGAUUCAACUGCGCUUGAAGAAUGCACAAAAAAUCGAAGUUCACGUAUUGAUCCUCUCUCUCGAAAGGGACUGGACAGCACAAUGUUUGAUUCAGGGCAAACAUCACAUCUUUUGCGUCAACACUGCCAUAAUGUAACGUUCGACGAGGAAUUUAAUCGCGCCGAGCAUAGGAAUAUGCAGAAUAGCUGUGAAAUUAAACGUAAAUCAGGUAUUCAUACGGUAUAUCUUCCGUCUGUGUCCGAUGUCCACCAUGCACCAAGUGUGAAAACAUCUGCAGGAAGUCAGAAGCGUGUGGGGUCACCGACGAUUACUGCAACUGCGCAUUUUACUUGUACUACGCCUAAUAACUCCGCACCUACGUCUCCAUAUUCGCAACCACUAACAUCUUCAGUAGCAUCGGUAUCCAUAUCUCGAACAUCUCCAGCUCAGCAACAGCAGCACUUUCCCCAUUUUGUCCCCACUUUACCGCAACAUCAAACUAGAUUUUCGCCAUUACAAUCCACAUCCGCUCCAGCCAGUGCAGCCAUUUCUUCGCAUGGACUUCCAGCCACUACCAUUCUUGGACGUCCAGUCGUAAGCCCUGUAAGCAGUUAUACUUCUGGAAUGCGUACUCCUGUUCCGACACUUGUUUCACCUCGAACACCCAUUUCCAUAAAUCCAAAUCUAUCAAAUUCACAUUCAGCGCAUGUUUCACCAUGUAACUCAUCAAGUUUACGCGCGACAACACCUACCACUUCGUCGCCAUUUCAGUUGUCGGUACUAGGGACCUUAUCACCGAAUGUAUCGUCCCAGAGUAUCUCCGGCACAUCAACAUUUCAAACAUCAGCAAUUAUUCCUGGGAAUACUUUGAGUGCAUCGGUUCCUUCACUGCUUGUAACAAACAUGGCAGAUAUUAGUGGCGGUGGCGCGAAAACAAUAACGAAUGUAGCUGAGAACGAAGAAAAAUCCACCCUCGUGGAAAACCAACAGCGUUCAUCAGAACCUACUGCUGUUGCAAAUUACGAACCGCUGUCACCUGAUACAUCCGAUGUUGCACCUACAUCCCAAACAGGUACUUCUACUGAUCAGGCCACAAAUUUGCCUCUUUUUUCAUUUCUGAAUUUGCCGGAUAGUGGAAAUGGUACAUUAAGUGCUCCAACAAUUCGACCAGUUAUUUCUCCAGAUGAUUCCUCUUCAAAUAUGCGAAAUAUACCAACAGGAAAUAUUAUUCCACCUCAGCUAACAACAACAACGGUUACGACGAGUGGGAACAUAAUGCUGCCUAUUAAGCCACCACCGCAACCGACUUAUGAACCACUUUCUGAUGAUGAUGAUUAA